CCCAUCUACAACACCCCCCACCCUACCUUUAGCAUCCAACGACAAUAAAGUGCUCGAUAUCUGAGGGAAUUUUGAUUGGGAAGGAUUUAAGUGCGCCUCAUAGUUUGUACCGAGUACAAAAGUGAAAUUUAACAUUUGAGAGAAUGGCGUCUCUACCCGACGUCAGCACCUUGAGCAGCUUGUCUGCUGAGGAGCAGAGAAGGGUCCUCGAUGCCCUCUUUGAACCGAGUCCCGCGAUUCAUGCACUUAUCCUACCUUCCAUAUCAGCAGCUUCGUUCCAAUCCUACGACGAACUCAUCACUCAUUGCCAGAAGAUCUUUGAAGCGCUGACGGCGGACCCUUCUCAAAAGACAGAACUGCACUCUAUUAUUGGCUCCCACCCACGACUUGGUGCCAAGAAGGUAGAGAGUGCUCAGUCUGCCGCAGAACAGGCGCAGCUACAGAGCGGAGAUGCAACCGAACUGGCUGUUCUGAACGCCGAGUACGAGGCGAAAUUCCCGGGUCUGCGUUAUGUCGUCUUCGUCAACGGUAGAGGGCGUCCAGAAAUUAUGGAGAACAUGCGAGAACGCAUUUCACGUGGCGACUUGGCUUCAGAAGAGCGCGCGGCUGUACAAGCCAUGUGCGAAAUUGCUAGAGAUAGAGCUGCAAAGCUCCAGGCCAUCUCGCGGUGAAAGGUUUGAAUACAGAUUAAACAGAGCACAAGUUUGGUCGACAGGUUCCGCAGAUAUCUUCCUUCGACCAAGUUACGUCAAAGGUGAUGCGUUAACAUUCAGGUGGCGAGAGCCCCUGCUACGGGAAAGUCGAUAUGUAGACCACAUGUGAUCUUCUGC